AUGUCCGAAGAAACAAUUUCAAACCCAAUAAUUAAAACUGAACCAAAGGAAUAUUCUCCAGUUAAACAAGCACUUGAUGAUUAUGACAUUACUCCAGAAACAUUUUUAGAGAAUGAGGUAAUAUAUUUACAGCAAUUUUUAGAAUUUGAGAUGAAAAUAAACAAAAAAAUAAAACAAGAAACAAUUGAUAAUCAAGAUAAAACAAGUUUCGACGAGGGAUCUUAUAUGGAAAACGUAGAAAUUUUAAAUUCAGAAGUCACUAUAGGUGAAUUAAUCAAGAAAGAAACAAUUGAUGAUCCAGAUAAAGCUCGUUUUGAUGAGUAUUCUUAUAUGGAAAACGAUGAAAUAUGUCUACAGCAAUUUUUAAAAUCUGAAGUAACAAUUGACGAAGAAGUUAAGCAUGAACCAAUCGAUGAGCACCUUGCAGACACUUGUAAGAACAAAAGUAUUUACAAUGUCGGUGAGUUAAGUGAUUUAGUAGAUAAUACAAGUGAAUGCAAUGAGUCAUUUAAAAAAGUUUUCAAAAAAUGUAAAGCUACCCUAAACUUGAAACAACCCUUGAAAUGUAAAAUUUGCAAUAAAAAUUUCUCAAGAAUUAGCACCUUACGUCGUCAUAAAAUGAUUCAUACGGGAGAACGCCCUUACAAAUGUGAAACAUGUAAUAAAGCAUUUAGAACAAAUGAUUAUUUAAGUCAACAUAAAAAAUUUCAUGUGGGAGAACGUCCCUACAAAUGUGAAAUAUGUAACAAAGCAUAUACAACAAAUGGUAAUUUAAGUCAACAUAAAAAGAUUCAUACGGAAGAACGUCAUUACAAAUGCGAAAUAUUUAAACAAGAACUUGAUGAUUAUGACAUUACUCCAGAAACAUAUUUAGAAAACGAGCAAUUUUUAAAAUCUGAAGUAACAAUUGACGAAGAGGUUAAGCAUGAAUCGAUUGAUGAGCACCUUGCAGACACCAGUAAAAACAAAAAUAUUGAUCAUUUUGGUGAGUUAAGUGAUUUAGUGGAUAAUACAAGUGAAUGUAAUAAAUCAUUUAAAAAAGUUUUAGAAAAACGUAAAGCUACCCUAAACUUGAAACAACCCUUGACAUGUGAAAUUUGCAAUAAAAAUUUCUCAAGAAUUAGCACCUUACAUCGACAUAAAAUGAUUCAUACAGGAGAACGUCCUUACAAAUGUGAAACCUGUAAUAAAGCAUUUAUAACAAAUAGUUGUUUAGGUCAGCAUAAAAAAUUUCAUGCAAGAGAACGUCACUACAAAUGUGAAAUAUGUAAUAAAGCAUUUAUAACUAAUGGUAAUUUAAGUCAACAUAAAAAGAUUCACACAGAAGAACGUCAUUACAAAUGUGAAAUAUGCACUAAAGCAUUUAUAACAAAUAGUAAUUUAAGCCAACAUAAAAAGAUUCAUACGGAAGAACGUCCUUACAAAUGUGAAAUAUGUAAUAAAGCAUUCAUAGCAAAACAACCAUUAAACCAACAUUUAAUUAAUCAUACUGGAGAAAAACCACAUAAAUGCAAGAUAUGCAAUAAAGCAUUCAGAUUAAAACACAAUUUAAAGCGACAUGAAUUUGUCCAUACUAAAGAAAGUAAUCAUGAAUGUGCAGUAUGUAAAAAAACAUUCGCAACUAAACAUAGUGUAAGUCAGCAUGAAAUGAUCCACACUGGAGAACAUCCUCAAAAGUGUGCAUUAUGCAAUAAAUCAUUCACAAGAAAAGAAAUAUUAAUACAACAUUUAAUGAUUCAUACUGGAGAACGACCACAUAAAUGCUUAAUAUGCAGUAAAGCAUUUACAAGACAAAGCCAAUUAAAACAACAUUAUUUUGUCCAUACUAAAGAAAGUAAUCAUGAAUGUGCAGUAUGUAAAAAAACUUUCGCAACUAAACAAAGUUUAAAUCAGCAUAAAAUCCGACAUCUAAUGAUUCAUACUGGAGAACGACUGCAUAAAUGCAAGAUAUGCAUUAUGCAUUCAGAUUAA